AGCUCGCUGCCGGCAGUGCCCUCCUCCCGCCAGGGAAUGGCCGUCGUUCUCCACUUCCCGAGCGGCGCCCGCCCGGCGCAGCCCGCGCCCAUCACCGUGACCUUCCUCCCCCCGCCCCGUCCGUGCGUGUUUGUCUUUCCAGCCCACUCAUCGCUGGCCAGUCAUGGGGUGUUGACUCUGCGCAUUCCUUCCCAGCCGAGCCCGCCGUCGCCGCUCAUUACGCGGGGCUGACGCUGCUGUCCCACUCCGGAGCCGCUGAUAAAUUCAGGGACUCUGAGGAGGUCGAAGAGGUGACCCUGGGUGACCGCAGCGAUUGGGAACGGAGGCGUGGAUUAAUGCUGGUCCUCACUUGGGGAUAAAAGCAUCAAGGUCUGACCCGGACUCAGCUCUCCCCAGGCAGCUCCAGGAUUCACCCUGAGCACAGCAGCACUAUGGCAUCAGCGUGGUCCUGCUGGGUCCUCCUGCUGCUCCUGCCUGCCCUGACCCAUGCUGGGGGACCCGGUCCUGUCCUUGUCAACCGGCCCUUUGUCACCAUCUGGAACAUCCCCACUGAGCGCUGCGCCAAGUACAAUGUCACCCUCAGCCUGGAGGUCUUUGAUGUGUUGGCCAAUGACCAGCAGUCCUUCACUGGGCAGGACAUCACCCUCUUCUACAGCGACAAGAUGGGUCUCUUCCCCUACUACACAUCUGAGGGGGUGCCAGUGAAUGGGGGGCUUCCCCAAAAUGCCAGCCUGGAGGCUCACAUCCGUCAGGCCACCCAGGACAUCAAGGUGACCCUGCCCAGCCCUGACUACGGUGGGCUGGCUGUCAUCGACUGGGAGAAAUGGCGCCCACUGUGGAUCCGCAACUGGGACUCCAUGGAGAUCUACCGGCAGAAGUCGGAGGAGCUGGUGCAGCAGCAGCACCCGCAGUGGCCUCCCAAGGAGGUGGAGGAGAUGGCCAAGCAGCAGUUUGAGAAGAGCGCCCGUGAUUUCAUCAACAAGACCUUGUGGCUGGGUGAGAGCCUCCGUCCCAGUGCCUACUGGGGCUUCUAUGGUUUCCCCGACUGCUACAACAAUAUCUUUAGCCUGCCCUACAAUGGGACGUGCCCAGCUGUGGAGCAGCAGAGGAACAGGAAUCUGUCCUGGCUCUGGAGGGGCAGCCGGGCACUCUACCCCAGCAUCUACCUGCCCCUCUGCCUCAAAGGCACUGACAAGGUGCUCCCCUACGUGCGGAACCGCGUGGCCCAGGCUUUCUCUGUCCAGCGUGGAAUCCUUGACAGCGGCAUCCCCGUCCUGCCCUACUCCCAGAUUGCCUUUGAGCACACUCUGGACUUCCUUUCCCAGGAGGACCUGAUGAGCACCAUCGGGGAGAGCGCGGCUCAGGGUGCUGCUGGCAUCAUCCUCUGGGGCACCCUGGACUACAGUGCCUCCAAGGAGAUGUGCCUAAGGCUCAAGGACUACGUGGAGGGGCCCCUGGGCCACUACAUUGUGAAUGUGACAGCCAGCGCUGACCUGUGCAGCCAGACCCUGUGCUCUGGCCAGGGCCGCUGCGUGCGCCAGGACAACCAGCAGGGCUACCUCCACCUCGACCCCUCCCGCUUCACCAUCCAUCUGAGUGCUGGCAAGCCCUGGCUGGAGGCUCAGAGCCUGGAGCCUGGGGAGGACAUCUCCAAACUGGCCACGGAGUUCAGCUGCCAGUGCUAUGACAAGUGGCAGGGACCCCGCUGUGAUACCCAGGACUCUGCCAAGUGACCCCCACUCCCAGUUUUCCCACUCUGGGGACACUGGGGUAGACAGGGUGGCAUUACCUCAGCACCCUUGCCAUGGGUGUGACUGCGGGGCUCUUAAUAAAACCAGAAAGCACCAGCAAGUGUCUCCUU